AUGCCCGACAACGAUGAUUCGGUCAAUUUUGACUUGAUCGAAGGCCACAAAGAAAACAUCCAAUCCCUCCCCUCCGGCCGCUCCGCCAAAAAACUCGCCCAGCUCUUCUCCCCCCGGGGCAACCCCUCCUCCUCCCCCCAUCCCCACCUCGACGACCUCAAAGGUGAAAACUCCAGAAUAAAAGCCUCUUUUGAGCAAGAGAUUCAAAACAUUGACGAGUCCGACGACCCCCUCGACAUUUGGGACCGGUACGUAAAGUGGACUCUUGAAGCCUACCCCUCGGCGCAAAACACCAAAGAGUCGGGACUGCUAGGGGUGCUGGAGCGUGCGACGCGGGGGUUGGUCAAUGACAGAAGGUAUAAGCAGGAUGGGAGGUAUCUGAGGUUGUGGUUGUGGUAUGUGGGGUGGUUUAUGGAUAAUAAACGGGAAGGAUAUGUUUUUUUGUCGAGCAAGGGGAUUGGGGAAGGGUUGGCGUUGUUUUAUGAGGAGUAUGCUGGGUGGCUGGAGAGUGUGGGACGGUGGGCGCAGGCGGAGGAGGUUUACAAGUUGGGGAUUGAGAGGGAGGCUACGCCUGCGGCGAGGUUGUUGAGGAAGUUUGGGGAGUUUGAACAACGGCGGGCGGCGCAAGAGGAGGGCGAUGGGCCGAGUAGUCCGGCGAUUCCGGCGCAGAGAAAGGUGCUUGGGGUGAGGGCUGAUCCUUUUGGGGCUGCCGAGCCGGUGGUGAGGGAUCCUCAGGCGCCGAGGCAGACGAGUGGUGUUGGGGGUGGGGGAGCGAGGCCGGCGAAGUCGAAGCUGGCGAUUUUCUCGGAUGCGGAUGCUGCGCCGGAACCGUCGGCCAUGUCCUCUCGUGGACCGGAGUCGAAGGGGUGGGACUCGAUUGGGUCGAUGGCCGAAAGAAAAAAGGAGAACACCAUGGCGCCGAAGCCGUGGGCUGGGGAGACGCUGAAGGCGGGAGGAAAGAAACCGCCUAGUGCUGGGGCCAAGAUGGCGUCUAUGGACAAGCAGAUAUCACAAUCGCACAUUCGAAUUGACUAUACCAAGGUUCAAGUUACUGUGAAUCCGGCGAGUGGGAAGAGGGAGAGGAUAUAUGUGGACUUGAGGGCUGUGUAUCCGACGCCUGAUGAGCCGGGGACGGAGAAGAGUUUUGAGGAGAUUUGGGCGGCUAAUAGGGGGUGGCUGGAUGUUGAGUGGGAGGAUGAGCAGCAGCAUGAGUCGACGCUGUUUAUGAAUGAUGAGAAUAGCUUCCCGGGGGCUGGGAAUGUGGGAGGAAAGCCGCAGAAGAUGGCGAUUCAUGCGGAUGUGAUUAGGUUGGAUGAGAAUGGGGCGCCAAUUUAUCCGAAGGGGGAGAAGACGAUGAGGAGAAAGAAGAAGCAGGAAUUGAAUGAGACGCAAACAAUUCAAACGAAUUUUGACUCUCCUUCGGGCCCGAGGAAGCUGAAGAAGAAGAAGAGGCAGUCUGUCGGUGAGCCGACUAUGACUCUGCAUACCAAGGCGGCCACGGACGAUAUCUACGACAUUUUCAAUGCGGAAGUCAAGUCGGUAAAGCCUGUUGGUGGUAGUGAUGACGAAAGGGGGUAUGAGUCGGAUGAUUAUACCAUGGGUGAUGGCACCAGGCGUAUUUCAACCAGUGAUGUCGAUGAGGAGGAGGAGGAGGAAGAAGAGGUUGAUGUCGAUGGUGAUGGUGAUGAAAAUGCCAGUGUGUGGUCGGAAUCAUCACACAAGCAGCAUCAAGACCAGUCGGACGAUUUGAUCGAUGCUCAUGAUGGGGAAGAGGACGAUCAUCCGGAUGAGCCUCCUAGAACGAGGACCAUGUUUGUUCCUAUACCCCCUGAAGACUAUGUGCCGACACGACGACCGUGGAGGGAUCCUGUGGAGGCGGCUAACAACCGUCUUCCAUUCAUGACUCCCAUCACGGAACGAACGGAAAUGUCGCUUGAUGUCACGGCUGAUAUGGGUCGGUACGAGCUACACAGCAAGACCCCGUCGAGGCAGAUCAACAAGAACAUGAUUGCCGAAGAGGAUGAGGAAGGGGAAGAUCUGACACCGCUCAGCAGUCCGGCUCGGAGUGUGUUUGAGGAUGAGAAUGCCUUUCCCAAGGGCAAGGUGCCUCAGCCGCUGCUUCCCAAGGCCAGACCUGCGUUGGCGUCGAAGCCCCUUGCCACCAAGGUGCUGACGCCCAAGGCAACCAAGACGCUCGUUAUCCACAACAAGGGGCCUAUUAUCAAGGAUGCCCAGUGCAAUCCUGUCGACACCGCUGUCCGAGGCGAGAUUUUAUCGAACAUCCAGCCUCCCUUGACUUCGUACGAUGGCUUUUAUGACCACCGCAGCGAGAAGUCUGACCGCAGUGCCGAGAUAAGAAAGUACUGUAAAGCAAUCGGCAAAGGCGGCAACCGCUCCAGCACAGGCGACAAGUCUUCCAACUUUGGGUCGUCUGUCACCCUCCGCUUUCCCGGCACAGAAAGGGAAUACGCCAUCCGCCGUGAACUCGGCGCCGGAGCCUUUGCCCCGGUAUAUCUCGUUAACAACUCCCACCCUUCGGUGAAUAAUUCCGACGCCGACGAUGACGAAAACAACGAAAACGCCAUCAUGGGCAAGGGGCGUUUUGCCUCUGCCCAUCACAAGCGUUACCCGCAGGAGGCACUCAAGAUGGAGUCCCCGCCUACUCCUUGGGAGUUUUACAUGAUGCGUCUGGCGCACAACCGUCUCGGUCCGCACGACAGGGCAACGGCUUCGUUGUCUCUAGCGUUGGAGUUUCACCUUUACCAGGAUGAAUGCUUUUUAUUCCUGCCGUAUCACCCCUUCGGGACGCUGCUGGAUGUGGUCAACCUCUUCCGCGGGGAAGCCUCGGGCGUGAUGGACGAGCAGCUGGCCAUGUUUUUCACUAUUGAGCUCUUACGCACAGUGGAGGCUCUUCACGCCAAGGGGAUCAUGCAUGGCGACUUGAAAGCAGACAAUUGCCUCUUGCGCCUUCCCGGUGAUGAGACACCGCUGUCGACGAAGUAUCAACCCUCGGGUGACGGGGGUUGGGCCUCGCGGGGAAUUACGUUGAUUGAUUUUGGGCGCGGGAUCGACAUGAGGAAUUUUAGGGAUGAUGUUCAGUUUGUGGCUGAUUGGAAGACGACGAGUCAGGACUGUAACGAGGUGAGGGAGGGGAGGUUGUGGACGUGGCAGAUUGAGUAUUUUGGGGUGGCGGGGAUAGUGCAUUGUUUGUUGUUUGGGAAGUAUAUCGAGACGGUUGGGGUGAGGGAUGGGAAUGGAUUAGGGAAGAGGUAUAGGAUUAGGGAGAACUUGAAGAGGUAUUGGCAGACGGAGAUCUGGGGGGGGUUAUUUGAGAUGUUGUUGAAUCCGGGGAAUUUUGUCGGGGGGGAGGAGGGGGGGCGGAUGCCGCUUGUUAGGGGGUUGAGGGGGUAUAGGGAGAGGAUGGAGGGUUGGUUGGAGCAGAAUGGGGAGCGGGGGUUGGGACUUAGAGGGGGGUUGGGGAGGGUGGAGGGUUGGGCUAGGGGACGGAGGUAG